AUGCAACAAUACCCCGAAGAACAAUUCUAUCACGACGAAUCCUAUCAUGGUGUUACUGAACGUCUUCCUGGGAGACGUUACUCAUGUCGAUUUAAGGAAUCCCAUCGAUGCAACAAAACUUUCACUACCUCCGGUCAUGCAUCCCGGCAUGCCAAAAUACACACUGCCGAAAAAAUGGUGCGAUGCACUUUUGUUGGAUGUGUAAAGAAGUUUACCCGGGCGGACAACAUGAAGCAACAUCUUGACACUCAUUAUAAGGACAAGCCUAGAUCUUCAUCGAAUAUUCCUCCUUUUGAUUUAAGAGAUCAAGUUCAAUAUAAUCACUUCGUGGAUGCAUCGCAACCAUUACGAUCUCGUAUACAAGCAGAUCUCACAAAAUUUACGUACGAGAAGCACACUCACAACUAG